UCACGUGGCUUUUUGUGUUAGCGUCACCGAUACUAAAAUACGCAAGUUUUUAUAUGUGUCGUGCUGUACAUUAUUUUAGACAGAAGAUUACCUGUACUGGUAAAACGAUGAUCGAUAAUCGACGCGACUGAGAUCAUAAUUGAGGAGCGUAAACCGGGUACUCAAUCAGCGCUUCCUUUUUGCGUGGCCUUUUUGCGUGUAGGAAAUAGAACAACUUUUAGUUCUACUUUUGAUAGAAGGAUAUCUCAAGUUUAAUAUGUUUGAUUCAUGCAAAGCCGCAAUCGACAUACGUUUUGUUGUGAAAUCUAUGAAAAUAUUCAUUCGCUAAUACAAUAGUUUUCACCAUACACCGUCUUCCGCGUAAAAUGACUGAAAAUAACCAUACGCAGAAAUACUUUAAUACUAACUCGACACGUGCCACUAGAGAGAGAUAUAUCGUAUUCAAUAUUAUUCGAAAGAUAAGCCAACGAUAUAAAAGAAAUCGUUCAAUUUAAAAAUGACUACUCAAAAAUGUAAUUAUCAUACGCGUCAGUCAUACAAUAUACAAUGCGAGUGCCUAUUGUCUAUCUUAUCUCGGUAAUCGCGUCGUAAUUUACAACUUCUAUAAUAGGAAUUAUAAAAAACUUUUUUCCUCUUUACGUAACAGAAAAGGCAAUUCAAUUAUGUUCUUGUCACUUGCGUUAUUAACAACAAGGUAGUGGAGUAAUUAAACCACAAAAACGUCAUUGUAUUUCAAUGGCAUUCCAAGACUAUUUGCCUUAUUAUGCUUCUGGAAAAGUUGUGCCUGGCUUUGGAAGAGGAUCAAAAUCACUUGGAUGUCCAACGGCUAACUUUCCAGAAGAAGUUGUUGAAGCUCUUCCUACUGAAUUUGAGACAGGAAUUUAUUAUGGAUGGGCCUCAUUGAACAAAGCAAUUUACAAAAUGGUCAUGAGUAUAGGAUGGAAUCCAUUUUAUAAUAAUGAUAAGAAAUCAAUGGAAAUACAUUUACUGCACAAAUUUGAAGAGGAUUUUUAUGGUAAAGAACUGAAAGUUAUAGUAUUAGGCUACAUUAGGCCAGAAAAGAAUUUCUCUUCUAUGGACGAACUUAUAACAGCAAUCAAAAGUGAUAUAUCUAUAGCUAAUAAGUCUCUUGACGAACCAAAUACAAUCAAUUAUAAAGAAAACCCAUUUUUGAACAGUUAAGAUGAAAUAAGUGCUGAAAAUUUUGUUAAAAAAUGCCUAAAUGAAGUUAUUACAAUUUAGUUUGAUAAAUUAUAUAGAUAAGAUAUAUUUUAAUUCAACAAAAAAACUUAUAACAAACCUAAUAAUACAAUGUAUAUGCUUAAG